ACGCUCUCUCCUCUCUCUCUCCUCUCUCUCUGUUUCUGUCUUGGCUCGUAUUUAAGUGUGGAUGGCUGACUUGUGUUUCAGUGGGACAGACUGGAUCAUGCAGAGGGCCACUGUGACCCCUGCUGGGGCUCCUGCAGAUGAGACUCCAGGGUGUGCAGGAUGAUUGAUGGAUGACACGCUUGAACCCCAGGAUGCUUGUGGUGCCAGUGGGCGGGACAUCCUCCCACCAUGUAGUACCUGUCGCUCUCAGCUGCUCUUGGCUCUUUCUUCUUUUCCACGUCGCCUUUGGUCAGAAACCUGCAAAGCUUCCACUGAUCAGCCGGAAACCCUUCAUCGCCGCCUGGAAUGCCCCUCUGGACAUGUGCACCAUCAAAUACAACAUCACAACACACCUGGAUCAUCUUUUCCACAUCCAGGGAAGCCCACGUGCUGACUGGACAGGCCAGAACGUGACUAUUUUUUAUGCAAACCGUUUGGGUUUCUACCCCUACUACAACAUGCAAGGCAGUGCCGUGCACGGUGGCCUCCCUCAGAACUGCAGCCUGGACCUGCACCUGCUCAAGGCCUACCAGGACAUCAUUCACUUCAUUCCCGCUGAGGACUUCCGUGGCCUAGCUGUCAUCGACUGGGAGUUCUGGCGACCUCAGUGGGACCGUAACUGGCACAAGAAGGACAUCUACAGGCGCAAGUCCAAAGAGCUCACCAUGAAGGCGUACGUUAACGUGACAGCAGCUCAGGUAGAAGCGCUGGCACGGCGGCGCUUUGAAAAAAGCGCCAAGGCCUUCAUGCAGCGGACUAUCCAGUUGGGAACGCUGCUUCGGCCCAGUGCCCUUUGGGGUUUUUACCUCUACCCCGACUGUCACAACUACAACCUGCAUGAGAAGAACUAUACUGGCCUCUGCCCCCGGCUGGAGAGGCUGAGGAAUGACGAGCUGCUGUGGUUGUGGAACAGCAGCUCGGCGCUGUUUCCUUCUGUGGCCAUCAGGAAGAGUCACAGCGACAGCAUCAGUAAUCUGCACUUCACUCAGCACAGGAUCCGGGAGUCGCUCCGCAUCGCCUCACUGACGUCCAAGGAGUACGACCUGCCCGCCUACGUGUACCUCAGGCUUGGCUACAGAGACGACGCCCUGGCCUUCCUCACCACAAGAGACCUGGUCCAUACGAUCGGGGAGAGCGCUGCUCUGGGAGCUGCAGGCUUUGUCAUCUGGGGGGACCUCAACCUGACUUCUUCCAGGCAUAACUGCACUUUGGUGAAAUCUUUCCUGAGCCACCGUCUGGGUGAGUACAUCACCAACGUGACCCGGGCUGCUGAAGUCUGCAGCGACUUCCUGUGUCAGAGCAACGGCCGCUGCGUUCGGCGAGACCCCCACGCCCACCAUUACCUCCACCUGAGCGCCGACAGCUACCAGAUCCAGGCCUCCGGCGAUGGAGACUUUACCGUCACCGGCUGGCCAUCGCCGCAGGAGCUGCAGCUGCUGACUGAGAGAUUCCGCUGCCACUGCUACGAAGGCCAUGAGGGAGACGGCUGCGACAGCCUAAACAAAGUCAGGGAGGACGACGAGCCACGGAGGAAGCAGGAGGAAGACGAACAGGAGAGGAGAAGGACAGAGUGGGAGGACGAGCAGGGUGCACACUGGGAGAGCAGAGAGAGUGGUGCUCUGCCAGUCAGCUGCAGCCAUCAGCUGAUGCUCCUCGUGCUCCUGGUGAACGUCCUGCUCACAAGACCGCUUGAAUAAAUCAACCAGAGACGAUGUUUCAAUUUAAAACUGAGCGGACAUUUUCAGGACUAACAGCAUGACAAAUGUCAGGCUGACAACAGCUGAACAACAGCUGAGACAAGAAUGAAGAUGAUGUAAAGACAAAUAGUUCAACAAAACUUUACAUAAAAUGUUUUUUUGCUUCAA